AUAUAAAACUUCUCGACAGAUUGGCCCAGUAAGAAGAGCAAAGAACAUCUUUAAGAGCCAUUUUCUUUGCACCUUCUAUUUCUGGGUCCUCGUCUCAUUUCUCACACAAAAAAAAAAGGGAAAAGAACAUCCAAACGGAUCCAUCCUUCAAGGUGAAGAGUAGCUAUCAAUAAUUUCAACACGUUUCAUUUCCGAACUGCUGCUUGGUAUAAGUAAGUGCUGAGUGCUUGACUACUUCCUAUAAGGAUAAGAUAAACACUCUCUAAAACAAUGGUAAGAGGCCCUUUCAUUGACAAGAAUGGACUCAAGAAAGGAGCAUGGAGUCGAGAAGAAGACGAUAAGUUAAGAGCAUAUAUACUGAAAUAUGGCCAUUGGAACUGGCGUGAACUUCCAAAGUUUGCAGGAUUAUCAAGAUGUGGCAAGAGCUGCAGACUACGAUGGAUGAACUACCUUCGGCCGGGUGUAAAACAUGGAAACUACUCGAAAGAAGAAGAGACUUUGACAAUUAAAUUGCAUGAACAAUUUGGAAAUAAAUGGUCGAAAAUAGCUGCACAAUUACCGGGAAGAACAGAUAAUGAAGUCAAAAACUACUGGCACACUCAUCUAAAGAAGAGAACACAGAGAACCCAAAGCAAAUCUGGUUCCAAAGAGCAACACCCUGUGAAGCAAUUAACUGAAAUUACUCCACAAUCUGACAUAUAUGAAGUUGAGAGUUUUUUCACAGAUGCUCCUCACCCAAUACUGGAAAGCUACCCCUUAUCCCCUGCAACGUCUUGUUCUAGUGGAUUUUCCCAGUUGACCUGUGAAUCUGCUGCGGUUACUUUAUCUAAUACAGGUACAAGUUCGAACUGUUUUGCAGAAGAUUGCCUCAGUUCACUUGAGAUAACCGAAAGUGCGAGUGGAGAUUUCUGGACCCAACCAUUUCUAACUGACAAAGAUGGUUAUAUAUUUCCUUUGCUGGAGGAGGGACUUCUAUUUCCUUAUUUUUCAUGCUAGCACUAGCUGUAGAUCAUCCAGGUUUUUUGGCACAGAAAGUAAUGCAAUUACUUUUCAGGAAUGUAAUAGCUUAAGAACAUGUGUUAUAUACAAUUGGUCUAUUAUUUCUGGGGCUGAAGUAAUAAUAAUUGUAACAUUCUUGGUAUGUGCAAUGUUCUGAUGAAAUUUUCCCA